GCAGGGGGCGCAUGCGCGUUUGUGGCGGCGCUGACAUCACAGGGUGGGCGGGGCCAUCUUGGGAGCCAAUAGGACCGACUGAAUUUCACAGACUCCUAGAAACCAUGCAGUGUAGAAGAGGCCCUUCGGCCCAUCAAGUCUGUACCAGGUUCAUAGCUUUUAAUGUUAUGUCUUGUCAAGGUGCUCAAUCAGAUAACUUCACAACCUUUAAAAAGGGCAUUAAAACGGGAUUUACAAAUGAACACGUGCCAAAUAUGGAAUGAGAUCUGAAAGUCACCUGAUUCAUCAGGGCCUGAGUAUCAUUGGCCUUUUGGUGCAGAGAAAGUCUUUUUCUAUUCUGCUUCCUUUUUCUGGUUUUAAACAUUGUGUGGCUGGAAGAGUACCAAGACACAAGCACUUGAAUGAGACUGCUCCCUUGUAAUGACUGGUAAAAGCUUAAACCAGUGAUGCAGCCUGAAAAAAGAUCUUGCAUCUGCCACAGCUGAAAGAAUCUGUAUGCAUACUCUGUGCAUGGACCCAGGUUUCAACUGAUUGCCCUACCAUAGAGAAACACAAGGAUACUGGCAUCAUGGAGACACCAGAAAAAACUGGGGACGGUGGGAAGACAAUAUUUACCUCUUAUGAGCUGGACAUGUAUCGACGUGGUCACAGUGGGGAGAAGCUGUUAACCUGUCCAGUGUGUGGCAAAGGAUUUGCUCAGUCACCCAACCUGCUGUUACACCAGCGAGUUCACACUGGAGAGAGGCCAUUCACCUGCUCUGUGUGCAGGAAGGGAUUUUCACAAUCUUCCAGCCUGCUGACACACCAGCGCGUUCACUCUGGGGAGAAGCCAUUUACCUGCUCGGUGUGUGGGAAGGGAUUCACUAAUUCAUCCAACUUGCUCUUACACCAGCGAGUUCACACUGGGGAGAGACCGUUCACCUGCCCCGUGUGCGGGAAGGGAUUCACUCAGUCGUCCAGCCUGCUGACACACCAGCGCCUUCACACUGGGGAGAGGCCAUUCACUUGCUCGAUGUGUGGGAAGGGAUUCACUAAUUCGUCCAACCUACUGACUCACCAGCGAGUCCACACUGGGGAGAGGCCAUUCACCUGCCCCAUGUGUGGGAAGGGAUUCACUCAGUCAUCCAGCUUGAUGACACACCAGCGCGUUCACACAGGGGAGAGGCCAUUCUCCUGCUCUGUGUGUGGGAAGCAAUUCAGAAAUUCAUCCAAUCUGCUGACUCACCAGCGAGUUCACACUGGGGAGAAGCCAUUCACCUGCCCCGUGUGUGGGAAAGGAUUCACUCAAUCAUCCAGUCUGCUGACACAUCAGCGUGUACACAAUGGGCAGCGGCUGUUCAGAUGCGCUGUGUGAAGGGGUUCACUCGGUCAUUCAAUUCUUAUCUGCUGAAACAUCAACUAGUUCACAAGUGACUGUAAGAGUUGGAUUUGUUUGUUGCUGGUACUGUUAAACAUAUGUGGAAUAAUUAGCAAUUACUCUGAAAGUUUGGAUUUCUGCUGGUGUUAAGAAUUCCUAUGCCACGCAGCUUCUGCAGUCCUUGAUGCUUUGGUUUUCUGGCUUUUAGAAUUAACUGAAUUAUAGAAUCACUUGUGGUUAUGUGUUCCAAAGUUAAUGGACCAGUAAAUACUAGUAUAAAUGUUUACCUGAAACACAAAACAGGUAAUACUUUAUGAAGUAAAUAAUUAUUUGAAUAAUGUUUCCACUCCCUAGAUAUUGUAUGAAAAGAUGCUGGAAAUUGCGGAUAUAAAUAAUUCCACCUGAUUGGUGUUUCUGAACAUUAACCAGGAAGGUUAUGGCAUAAUUGGGCUGAAAUACAAUACAAAUUUUACAUUUCUUUGAAAUUUGACAACAUGCCUAUGUCUACCUUUGAAAGGGGGAAUUAGAUGAACAGUGGAUGGAGAGAAAUAUCUGAUGGGAGAUUGGAAAAGAGUGUAUAUGUGUCAGUAACUGGAUUUUGUAAAAGACUGUAAGGGAAGCAGUGGGAUCAUUAGUACUGUUGCCAGAUGGGUAAUUUCAAUGUAAUUAUUAGACCUGGAAUAUAAAGAUAAUCUCUAUAAUGGGUGACCACAAAACUAUAAUCAGUUGUUGUAAAACUCCACCUGAUUCAUAAAUGCUCUUUAGGAAAGGAAAUCAGCCAAUAUUACCCAGUUUGGCCUACAUGUGAAUCCAUACCCACAAUGCAGCUGACUUAACUGUCCUCUGAAAUUGCUCAGUGAGUUACUCAGUUCCAAGGCAAUCAAAGGUGGGCAACAAAUGCUGGCCCGUCAGUGCUGACCACAUUCCAUGAAAGGAUAAAAAAAUCUUGAAUGUGACAUUUGCAAGAAAUUGCUGUAAAGUAAGUAAGAGUCAUUUUAUUUUCCUGAGAGCUGUCAAAUCAAAGUCAAAUCUAUCUUGUUUAAUUUUCCUGAUAACUACAAGCUGUCCCCAGGUUACAAACAGGCUCCAUUCUGGAGUUCACACGCAAGCUUAUUUGUCCGCAAGUCAGACCACAAUGUGGAUGGUCACCUUCAUUUCAGAUGAAUGGGCCAAGACCACUUAUCUCACUCAUAAUGGUUUAUUGAUGGAGAGUUUUCUCCAUGGUAACAAAAAGCAUGAGCUUUGCAAACAAUUUUUUUAGUGCCUUUUCAAGGCAAAGUUUUGAAAAACAGACUUGACAAGUAAUUGCAGUGACAUCUCUGAUAACAUAUGCCAGCAUUAUAGGAUUCCAGAUGACCUGCAAGGGAGAUACAGAACAUGCGAUUGAAAGAGCUGCAUAGAUAUUGAGAGAUUUACUUCUCUCUCUCACCAUCUCUCUCUAUCUGUCUCACUGUCUCACACUCUACCCAUCUCUCCUGCUUUCUCUCUAUCUUGCUCUCAUUUUCCAUCUCUC